UCAACAUCCAAAUAUCUUCAAAUUGAUCAAUAACUUUUCCAGAGACUGGAACUAUCAACGCUAUCUAAUUGAUGUCGCUGCAAUCUACUAUUACUAGGCAGUAAUCACAGCCGCAGCAAUAUGAGGUUAGGCGGCUGUCCUCGACGCUCUGGUCAGCCUCCGAAGAAUCGUUCUGGCACAUCAGCAGGAGCUGUCAGCAAUGGGUUGAAGCAGUAUGCAGAGGAAAGCCUCACGUGCCAGCUUACGCCACUAUGGCCGCCCGCUAAACUCAAUUUCAAGUCUAUGAAUCACUUUCGAGUAAUGUAAUCUGCAUUAUGCCCAGUGAGUCCACACCAUGUUGCUAGUGUCAUAUGUCACCUGUUUUCAUUGUUUGAUGAAUUCUCGGGCGUGCGGUAUAUGCAUGACCCCGCUUCUUAUCUCCGCUAAUGAGAUUACCUUCACUCUGCCAUGUUACAAAAUGGGAUAUCAGUCUUGGUAGCAUGACGUGCUAGAAACACAGCAGGACCAGUUGAGUGGAUAUGUCGGUCACCACCAUACCGAUAAGCGCUUUUUUUAUUUAUUUAACUUUACGACGUCAGAUCAUCCCGACUGAAUACUGCCAUGUGAAUGGCGCUCUCAGGCAGCCACGACACUGGUUAACUGUAUCUAACCCUGUGUUCUCUAUACUAGCUAGCCACAUUAUUAAUGGC